AUGGAGGAUUUGAUUGUUCGCCGUGCUAUUACAUCAGAUGCAGUAGCACUCCAGCCACUUGUUGAUCGUAUUGGUGAUCUUCUUGUUUCGCGUUAUGGUGUUAAAGAUAUUGCCGAAUUGAUUGAGAGUUCAUGUCUCACAUUAACAGCAGUGACACAAGGCGAAGAGGAAACUCCAGUUGCCAUGGCCAUGUUCAGCUAUCCACCACAAUCUACAUUUUAUUCAUACAAAAAACUAAAAUUAACAUGUUUCCUUGCCGAAACACAGUAUGCUUCAGAUUCAGCACGAUUAAUACUUCGUUCAUUGUUUGAAAGUCAACCAACAUGUGACAUGGUUGAAACCGAAAUCAAUGUUGAAGCUCCUCUUGAAACACCUUUAGUUCCAUUCUUUAUUCAAGAAGGUCCUAAACUUGUUUGUCGUCGCGACACAAUCAUUACAUGCACCAGAUGCAGAAAGUUUACUUUUCAACAUGUUUAUUCAAUUUCACUUUCAGAACCUGAUUCCUCUCUUUCUUCUAUACUACAAGCAAGACUUGCGAUAAAAUAUACACUAGAUUACAUAAUUUCAGGAAUUAUGUAUAUUAUUAAUCACCCAGAGUUGACUACCAGAAAUCAAGAAUCAAAACCAUCAACAGCACAGAAUUUUUCUUCAAGCUCAUCCAUUUCUUCAAGAUCUUCCCUUUCUUCAGUAGAAAAAGAUAUUGUACAAAUGGGAUUUACUGUCGAGCAAGCAAGGGCUGCUGUAAAAGCAGUAGGAAUGGAUAUUAGCUCAGCAAUUUCUUACAUCUAUAAUAACGCAGAUAAAAUUGCCAAAAAUCAGGAAGGGUCAAUAUAUCCAAUUCCUUCCUCAAAUUUAAUUUUGAUAUCAAGUGUUUCUUCUAAAUUCAUAUUAGCGUUAGACAGACAAGUCAACGGAGAUAAACUCAAAGAGAUGACAGAUAUGGGUUUCUCAUAUGAGCAAUCCAAAUAUGCUUUAUUUGUUUGUAAUAACAAUCUUGAAAGAGCAGUUGAUCUUAUUACUAUUCCAAAGAGGAAUAGAUAUAACAUAGAGAUAUUAUAUACAAUAUGUAGAACUGCCUUCCAAAAGUCAAAAGAUCCUGGAAUUUUUACCGACUGCAGACCAUAUUUAAGACCUCUUUGGCCUAAUUUAGUUGAUGGAAUUACACCGAACGAGCAAGAAUCUUUAAAGCGGAUGGCUAUUAAAGAGCACUGUAUUCGCCAAUAG